AAAAAUAUUUAUCUUUCGGAAUUUGUUACGAUUUGAAUAUAUUUUAAUAAAGAACAAUAUCUAAAGUGGCAGAUUAACAGUUAAUGAAUUUUGACCACUUAACACCAAUAUAAAAUGCCGUUUCAAUGAUUGAUAACGGUCACAAUUCAUUUUCGUCUAGCGCAAAAAUGAAAAUCUUCUUUACUCUUUCUCUUUUACUAGCAUUAUUUUAUACUGCCACCAGCAAGCCACAUUAUAGUAGCUCUCGAUGUGUCAAUGUAUGGGAUGAUGGUUGCACCAACGGACAACUGCCGGGGGCUGGUGACGACGAUGAUUAUUUGAAUGGUGGUUUUAAUCCGGGAAAACGUUGCAUAAAUAUGUGGGAUGAAGGCUGUGUCAACGGACAACUUCAAGGCUCAGGCGGAGACGACGAUUAUCUGAAUGGUGGUUUUAACCCUGGGAAAAGAUCUCUGGGCGAAGUCCUAGCAACGUUUAUGAAACUACAACGCUUGCGCCACCAUUAAUUCUUCCACGACACCUCGUCUACAUGUUUACUCUGGAUUUUCUUUCGUUUUCAUAGUACUUACCUUUUUUGCGACACUUAUUUUAAAUGUAUAUAUUAAUACUACUUGUCAUUAGUCAUUAAAUUCAUUACAAUUUA